AUGUUAUCAGACAACCCAGCAGAAAUUUUAGAAGGCUCUAAAAAGCUCAAUUAUCAAGAAAAGCUGCUUAAUAAAUGAAAAAUACAUAUAUUUAAAUUAUUCAGAAAAAUUUUCAAGUCAGAAUACAGCAAAGGCUUUAGCAUGAAUACUCAGCUAUUGGUUGAAAUUUUUAUUAAUACCCUUUUAUCCUUUCAAAUGAUAGCCUUAGCUUGAUACCCAGAUAUGGAUAUUUCUGAAUGAAAUCGCUAUACCAGUUUUUGAAAAUUCGUGAGUUGUUUUAACCUUAUUAAUGUUUGCAGCUUUUUUGGCAUUAUGGACUUAUGUUUUUAUUUUAUUGCUUCCAUUUUAAUGCUUUGCUUUGGAGCAUUGCUACUAAUGCUAGUGAAUGAAUUUACAGAACUUAAGAUCCCUAAAUUACUUGUUAAAAUUUUAAGAAUAUUAUUUUUAGUUUGAACGACAUUAUUAUAUGUGCCUUCGUUGAUAGAACUUUCUAUAGUUUUUAAAUACUCAACUUUUAAUUAUGAUAAAGUUUGCGAGCUGUAUGGAAGUCAUGAUCCUUCUUUACUCGCUUAUGGAGUCCUUGGAACAUUAGUAAGCCCGAUUUUGAUAUUUUUUCUGAUUUUUUUGGCUUUUUUUCAAGAAUUAUUUACUGCUGAUACUCGUCAUGGUCUUUGGAGAAAAAUUUUGACUGUCAGAGCCCACUCUUCAGUAGAUGUAAAGCUUCUAAUUUUCAAAACUGCAAUGAGUAUAUCUUAUGUUUCCUUUGGAAACACAGAACCUAUUAGAUUUCUGGUUACUUUUACAAUAGCUUCCUUUUGAAUAUUUCUAGAAUUUUUAAGGAAAUGGCCUUAUUACAACAAAUUUGAAAACUGUAUAAAAUCUUGUGAAAUGUUUUCAGUGUGCUUAUCAUUAUUUUCAGUUAUGCUAGGCAAAGCAAUGGAUAAUGCAGGGAUUAUUUUUAUGCUGAAUUUUUUUAUGCAGCCUAUUAGUGCUAUAAUUGUCAGUUGAUUUUUAAUUACAAAGAUUGCCAAUAAAAAACAUUCUGUUGUAAAUGAUAGUAAUCAAUAUGAAUUUGAAAGAUCCAUAAGACAUUUGCUUUGCAAUAAAGAAUUAGAGGAUAAAGCUCAAGUAAUUAAUUAUAGCUCUUUCCCUUGAAUAGCCUGAUAACGGGAUGAAGACAGCCCGUUAUCGGGCUAUUCAAGGGAAAGUGCUAUAUUUUUCAGGUUGCUACACAAAUAAGACAAUCAUAAAAGACAAAUUACUUGUUAUUUGGGAAGUUAAUUUUUGUUCAUUUUCUUUGAAGAACCAAAAAUUAGCGAGAAUUAAACUGACGAAAAAGAAAUCGAUAGUGCCUACUUUGGAAGGGACUAUUCAAGAAUUAAAGGCAAUCAAGAUUAUUGACAAAAGGGAUUAUUCAUCAACUGAUUCUCUUUAUAUAGAAUAUUUGGAAGAACUAAAGAAUACCAAAGCUCACGAUUUUGAAGUCUGUUGCACACUGUUGGACUUAGGAUCUGAAUUGUCAGCAAGUAUUCCUCAAUAUAAAAAAAUCCACUUUUUGGCAAUCAAAAGCUGCACACUCUUAUUAGAGCUUAAAGAUUUUUAUGGUAAACUUAUCGCAAAACAUAAGCAUCUAGAACUUUACGACCUUUAUAUAACGUUUUUGCAAAAUAUCUUCCUCUCUGCUUUAGUUAGCCAACUAUUUGUAGAAAAAUUAAAGCAAGCAAAAAAAAUUAUUUAUAAAUAAUAAUUUCAUAUCAAAAUAAUGAUGAUUAUAUGAAAUCUAUAACUAAUUUUUUUAAAUUUUAGACAGCUUACAUUCUAGAAUACAUAUAAUAAGUUUUUAUUCUAUAAUAUUUAAAAUUUUUAUAGAAUUUUUAGAAUGAAUGAAGAAAAGAUUUCGAGUGAUUAAAUUUCAUCCUGUUUGCCGUUAAAAAUAGGAUAACUGAAAUCAGGAAGAAUUUCUACAUUCUGUAAUUAGAUAUAAAUUUAAGCAUUCUUGAUUAGAGAGCAAAAACAUUUUGUGCGCUAAUCAAAGGGAGUUAGGUGAAUUUGAUCAGGCAAGCAGCAUGAGCAGACUUAAAGCAAGUAUAAACCAUCAACUAAGUUUUACAACAAUUUAUGAUUCAAAUAUAUCUUCUUUCGAAGACAGUGGCAUUUUGCUUGUAUCAGUUAUUAUAAAAAGAUUUGUUGGAAUAAAGUCAUAACGAGAACGGUUCCAUUCUUUGACAAUUUAUUAUUAUCGGGUUCUGCUUUCCUGUGAACCUUUAUCCAAAAUGGCAGAGAGAUGGUCUUAUUAUAUGGUAAAGCUCCUGGUCAAGGAAGAAAUGAGGCCGAUCACUUGACACUUAUGAAAAGGAAGGCGAUUCGGCGGAGCAAGCACAAAGAGCAAGCCUUGAACCAGACAACACUACCAGUUCAGGGCACAUAGAAAUUUCGGAUUGCCUCCAACCGAUAAAAAAGGGUGACUUAGAAAUACCCUAAAACUCAAAUUGGAGUUUAAAGUUAGCUCUGCCUAAAUCACUCUCGGGAGAAGGCGAAACAUUAAAACCUGAGUAAUUAAUAAGUGCUUUGUGUCAGCUAAUGAAAAUAGUUUUGGCACAAUUGCAUAUAUCAAUAGUAAAGCUUCUCAAUUGCUAAAAGGAACUAUUUCUGAUUUGGUGGGAACUGACUUGCAUGAUUAUAUUCCUAGUGUAUUUUCAAUCGAUCAUUAUUUUAUUAUGAAAAAAUUCUUCAUUGAAUAUAUAGAUAAAGAAAUAUAGAGGUUUCCUCUAUAUAGCGCUGAAAGCGCAGACAUUUUCCCAGGAGCUUUCCAAGUUCGUCGGACCAAAUCGCUUUUUGGUCCGACCAAGGCAUUGAUUUUGGUGCAACCAACAGAUAAAUUCCGAUCAGAAUUUAUCGGCCUUACAGCGCCAAACAUAGGAAACUUCUAUAGCUCAUCAAGGGCAGUUUUUUAUCCAAAACUCUUUGGGAUACUUGGUAGAAUGCAGAUUUCGUAUAUCAUUGUCAGCAUUUCAUAAUAAUGCUUACUUUUUAGUAUCUAUAAGUCCAAUAACUACAUGUAGGCAGCUCGCCCUCAUAUCAGAAGAAGGAGUUAUAUACAACUGCACAGAGAUUUUCUCCCACUAUAUAGGAGCAUCGACGACAAACAUUAAAAAUUUGUGUAUUUCAGAUUUUAUCCCUCACCUAGACAUAUCAGAAAUGAAACCCUUUGAGCCACUAAUUAUUAACUCCCCCUUCAGUGAGCAAACUGAUUUUGUUCUCUCACGAAGGUUAAUUUUUUUUUUGAAAUUUAAAAAAAUCUCAAUUCGCAAAAUUAGAAAACAUAUAUUAUUUAAUUCGCAAAAUUUAUAUUUUAAAGAUUCAUUAUCAUUUAAUAUAUAAAAAUAUUUUUUCAUAAAAUUUUUGCUCGCUCGUGGAGAGUGGGCUUUUGGCAAAAAUAGGGAUUUUUCCAAUAGUUUUGUUCGUUCAUGGAGGGGGGAGUAAGAAAAAUGAGAAAAAUCUAGCCAUAGUUCAUACAGUAAAAGAAUUAAGAACAAAAACCAUUCAUAUGCUCCUGAUUAUUCAUGAUGAAAAAGAAAUUAAUCUCUGGAAAGUAGGGAAAGACAUAAGCCAAAUUGAAUACUUUAAAAAAAUAGAAUUGUCGCAAAAGGAUUUGGAAAAAAUUACUCAAAGCUCAACAUUCGAUUUCUUGGACACCAAAAACCAGGAAUUUAUACCACUAAUUUCGACAAGCCAAGAAAAGCAAGAAGAGAUAAAUAUGCUUAUUGAUGAAAAGCCUAGCAAAAAAUAUAAUAAUUUAAAUAAAACUGAAGAAAAAUCAAAGCAAAUUAGUGUUACAAACACGAAAACAAGUAAUUUUAAUUCAGCAGUCGCAAGUAAGCACAUCGAAGCACUCUCAAGAAAGAUGAAAAUUUUCCAAAAGAUUCUUCUUUUAUCUGUAAUAAUUACAUAG